UGUAUUCGAAUCGUUCACGGUUUUGAUCGAAAUGUAUGAACGAAACGUAGUUACCAAUGCGAAUCAAAUGUGAUGAAGGAAGGAGGUGAAUAAGAGAAAAGAGUCUUGGAAAAAGAGCAUGAGGAAUAUGAGGAUCCUUUCUGUGUGCCUGUAGGGCGGGAAAGAUUUGCUUCACAGGGAGAAGAAGUGAUUGGUGGGGAGUGAGCAGUUGCCAGAGCGGAUCGGUAGGACAGGCCUGAGGGAAGCGCAACGAAAACAGAGAAAAAGGGAUGAUGGAGGCUAUUUGCUGGAAACAGUAGGGGAGACAAGAACGGCAUUCUAAGAAGAUUGAGAGCGAAGAAGGGGAGGAGAAAGAGAAAAAGAAAAGGUUAGGCUAAAGAAAAAUAAAGAAAGGGCGAGCGAAAGAGGAGGGAGAAAGGGACAGAGAGCGACAGGUGCGCGGGCACCCACGUGGGUUCUUUGAAGUAUCGUCGCGGAUAGUGGAAGAGAGAUAGAGAAGAAGAGAAGGAGGAAGAAGAAGAAGAAGAAGAAGAAGAAGAAGAAGACAACGAUGACGACAACGACGGCAACGACGAAGAUGACGAAGAAGACGAGGAGGAUUACCGGCCGGCUUCCUUGUGCCGGCUGAACAGACCGGCACUCGUCUUCCACAUUCGAAUUGCCAUGGUGGGGUGCAUACUGCACUGGCGUAGAAUCAUGUUUCUUUUCACAAUUACAUGCAAAUGUUUACAAAUGUAUCGGUUACUUAAAUAACGUGAAUUAAAGAGGGACAUACACACACACACACACACACACACACACACACACACACACACACACACACACACACACACACACACACAUCUCUAGGACGUCCUUUGAAUAAAGCGCGGUCGUAGACAGCAUAUCGUGAUAUACAUCUACAGAAUAUAGGAUAAAAUGAGGUCCAGCUUUUGGGGAUAUAGAGUACUGCGUGGGUAGUUUUUUCACAUCUCAUUUAAUCGAGGAUGUAAAGAGUGAUUCGAUCGCAUGACAGCGGACGGCUGGCGAAGAGAGAAGAGAGUGGAGAAAUCCAGUCGAGUCCGGUCGAGUAUCCCUAAGGCUAUUUCUCGACUACGCCGAUGAAAAAGAGGAGCGAGCAGCGAGAGCACGAUGCGGCGAGUGGGAAUAGGUAGUCUCUCUCUCAGGUGGGGAAGGGCUAACCAUUCGGUAGCAAAUGCUGGUAACCCGUCGCAAGGUCAAGAUCAGUCGGUUAAUCCCGUCCAGUCGGCUGAGGGCCUUGCACCUUGCACAACGAAUGAUUCUGCCUCUCCGUUUCUGCGCAUUCUCGUUUACGCGUAUGUGUUAUAUCGACGUGCUUCGAUACGAUAGAUGAUAAAUACGCGAAUUAACUAACGCGUGAUAAACGAUUUAUCAUUGCGGUACAGUAGCGCUCGGAGAUAAACGGUUCGUUUUUAAAGAAAGCAUAGCACUGUUUGACUCGCGUUGAAAUUCAUUAGCAAUGGACUUUUCGUUUGGCACGCUGAUACGUUAUUUGCAAAUCUAGUGUUUUACGAGACUGUAAUAAAUGCGUUUCGAUUUUAUUCGACCACUGAAAAAAAUUCCGACUUGACAGUGAUACUGCGGAUGUACGUACCUGUACAUGAAAUAAUUGUUCGCAAAGUGCAAAAUAUCACUGUAGUGUGCUAAAGCCUCAAAGUACUUUUUGCACGUGGGUCUCUGUUAUGGAAACUUGCGUAUUGAUACCUAGAGAAUUUUCCUUGGUCCUUACGAACGAUCAGUCGUCCUGCAAGAAUCUCUUCAAGAAUGAUUCAAAUGCGUUAGAUGUGAGAAUUUCGGUAUGGUCGAAUGUAUUUAUUCCCUCGGGAACCUUGAUUUAUCCAUUUCAAGGAUCAAUUAGGUUCGACAAAAUCGAUCUUUAUUCCCUCCUCGAUGACAAUGACAUCAGACGCGAAUACGGUUGCUACGAUGAAGUCUUCUUCUCGAAUUACAAUCUUAACAAGCGUCAAUGCAAUUGGAUAAGAUUUCUCCGUAUCGUUCAAUCGUAUGAUGAACAAGUUAAUCUAAUCGGUACAAAGGUAAAGGGUGAACCAAUAUUUGAAGUGAUAAAAAAUGUUCAACCGGACACGGAAUUGGUAGCAUGGUUCCUACCGGUAACGCAGCAGGAUUUUGUUAUCAUAUCUCAUGAUGUAUGCUCCAGAUCGGCAAUUUACAGGUGCACGAUUGAUUCUAUUCUAGAUGAAUCCCCGCUGGACUUGUCGAUGACGUUACUCGCUCAUCAUUCUCUACCACCGAUAUCACAUUCUUAUUACGAGCUAGAUGAAUACGAAUCGACGUCUGAGGAAUCCUCGUCGUCAACGCUGUCGUUGGCCGGUGAUCACCUCGAUUGCAGUAUCUUGACGACGAUUAAGCGAGGGGAAAGAGUUUUAUUACCCUGCGAGGUUUGCGGCAAGUCCUUCGAUCGACCAUCUCUCUUGAAACGACAUAUGAGAACGCAUACAGGGGAGAAACCGCAUGUCUGCAUGGUGUGCAACAAGGGUUUCUCAACCUCGAGCUCGUUGAACACGCACAAGCGUAUCCACAGCGGCGAAAAACCUCAUCAGUGCCUUGUCUGCGGAAAGAAGUUUACAGCCUCGUCGAAUCUCUACUAUCAUCGGAUGACUCAUAUCAAGGAGAAGCCACACAAAUGUUCGCAAUGUUCAAAAUCAUUUCCAACACCAGGUGACCUGAAGAGUCACAUGUAUGUGCACAAUGGACUGUGGCCAUUCAGAUGUCACAUUUGCAGUCGCGGUUUCAGCAAGCCGACUAAUUUAAAGAACCACAUGUUGCUCCAUCUGGGCAGAUGCUCCAGUAAAAAGUAUAUCAAAUCUAUAUCUGAUUUUUGACCGCGUGCCAAUUUGUAAUAAUUUCACAAAAACAUUUGAGAAGCACUCGAUAUGCAUAUGUACGAAUAACGUGCCAUUGUUGGUCAAACGCGCAAUUUGACUAGAGGACAAUUAUAUAUGUAUAGAUACAAUUCUUUUGCAUUGCAAUUGAUUUAAAUCGUAUUCAAGUCUAAAAGCAGACCUAUUCGUGGAUGUAAAUUUCUUAAUUAUUCAAUUCAUUACAUUGUACAUGUACUCUUACAAUUAUUUCUUUAUAUAUAUAUAAAAUCUUUUGAAAAAGCAUUAACUUAUCCACAAGUAUUACGGCCUUUGCAGGACGCUCUGUGUAUAUAUGUAUACAGAUAUCCGAAUAUCUAUUUUAAACAAUACAUAAAAAAUUUUGUUUUUAUGCAAAUCAUUACAACGCUUUAUGCUCUUGAAUCGACUUUAUCUUGUUUUUACUUCAACUUUUUUUAGCGGAAAGUUCAAUCUUAUAAAGUUGAAUAUUAAGUAUAUAAAUGUUCAAUGUAUCAGGCACCCGGAUACUCGCUCAAGUAAUUAAUUUUUCGCAAAUGUGAAAAGUCGAGUUAUCUGAGGAAUCGAUGGAACUUUUAAUAAUAACUUUAAAUAUUUUUCUCUUUCUUUUGCAUUAAAUCUAAAAUUAUAAUAAUAAUUCUAGUAGUAAAUAAUGUACAAAUAUUUUAGUUGAUGCCAAUGCUUGAAAAAUUAGUUUUUUUUUUAUGACUCGCAUAUAAACGAUCUUUCUUUUCUAUGCACCUGCCUGCAACAACUCUCGAGUUAAUAAUAUUUUUUGUAAUAUCAAAAUCAUAAUUUAUGAUUAAUAUAAAAAUUAGCACGAAAACAGUUAUACACUGCAAAAACGUACCUAUAGCAACGGACAUACGCUUCGUACUCGUCAAAAAUUGCAACACGCGUGAGGUGUAUAAAGUUUGUUUUGGCACAGAAAGUAGGUGUACCAAGAGUUUUAUUUUGUUCGGAAAUUCUUUAAAAUACAAUAGAAGAGAAUAUAUUCAAGGCUUAGUAGUGUUACAACGGCAUUUUUAUAGAAUCAUAUAUUGAAAUACGCAAUACAGAAAGAAAGGUUUUGCCAAGUAUAAAAAAAUUUAGCUGAAUACAGAAAACAAUUUUGUUCGACCAUGAAAAUAAUUACGAGAGACGUGCAGCAUGAUGAGCAAAAAGCUUUGACAUUCUAGCAACCAGUUUAAGCAUCGCACUCUCUAAAUCUCGUAGAGUUAAAUGUCACUUUAAAAGAAUAAAAAUUAAGUCUAUGCAAUUUUUCAAAUGAUUUUUUUCAAUCUAUGACAUUUUAGAAAUACAAUAAUUAUUUUGAUAGUCUAAUAAAAUCAUUUUCAUAUCUGUAUCCAACUAAAUUGUUGGAUGCUUUAACAAAACCGUUCUAUGCAGGUAUCCGGGUACCAGGGGUACCGAUAGAAGGAUGAAAAAUUAUGCGUUGACAAAAUGCGUUAAACUGUGGUAACUUUUUUUGCGCCAUUGAUACAUACAUGGUGCGAUUGAUAUGUACACGGUGGAAUGAUAUUUUGCUUGACUGAUUAAGAUAAUUCUAUACUUCUUUUCCUUUUCCGUCUCUUUUUCCUUAUGUUUAAUGAUAUGUUUAAAAGAAUAUAUCCUUGUGAAAAAAUGGUUAAAAAUAAGAGUUUUCAUUAUAAAAAUAAGCUUCAUUCAAUUAGUUAAGAAUAUUAUUCAUCUCUUCACAAAAGUAUCAUUUAAAAUUACCCAAGUAAUUAAAAUAUAUAUAAAUCACACUAUGUACAAACAUAACAAUUCUUCCUGAAACAAAGAGUGCAAGUUGCCAUUUCUUUAAAUAAUUAUAAGUAAUGAUCGUUAUAUAUUUUAAGAAAUAUAUUAAGUGUGUGUGUGUGUGUGUGUGUGUGUGUGUGUGUGUGUGUGUGUGUGUGUCGCACAUUGUGUAAGAAGAUUGUCAUUAUAAUGCUAUUAUUUUCUUCUAUUUCGGCGAAUUCCGUUGUAGCGAAUUUUAUCUAAUGUUUAGAUAUCUUUAAAUAAAUAUCAUCUGCAUAUCUUA